ACUCUCUAUACUCGUUGGAUCGUCUCAGCGAUAGGCCGCCCCCCGUUCACCGACACAGAGCUCGCGCACACGUUGUCCUCAGUAUCGCCGCGUAACGCACACCACCACGUCGUUUUCGCCCGACCGCUGACAACACGACCGUGCACGUGCCAGUCCGGUUCGUUUUCAAAUUUUUUUUUUUCCCCCUUCGUUUCCCCGUCGCGAUCUUUCUCGGCACAUUUUCUCCCGUCCGUUUCUUCCCGGUUCCCUCCGCCGUCCGCGGAACAAUACGCGUUGACAUUGCGAUGACCAAACGCUGCGCACUCGAUCGACGCUGUUAGAACGAAAAACUUCAUUUCGCGCCCCGUCCGUGCCUUUUCCGGCCCUUACCCGCCGCGGACAACCCGUUCCGCGGAUGUCCGCCGCUCCCGGCCCUCGCACGCAUUGUUAUCGCCGACGCAGUAACGUUCACGCCCGACCGUGAUAUUACAAUAUCCGUCUCCUCGCCGCUGCAAAUCGCGCUGCAGCAACGCUCUCGCACCUCCUGCGGAUCCCCGACACCCGGCACCACGUAAAUAGAACGUUGAAAAACACUCGCCGCUCCCGUGUAUAGUUUAUGUAUGGUUAAACCGUACCGCAAACUACGGUCCAGAAGAUACAAACCCGUCCGACGAGCCGUCGCCGCCGAAAUGGAUCAGCCAGCCGUCAAUGAGCUGCAGACCGUAUGGAAAUCCCGGAAGCUGUGGACCUCGAUCCUGCUGUUCGUGCUGCUGUUCGUCACACCAGGGUUCGCUUCACCUAAGAGACCCACGCAAAAUCCGGAAACCGAUCCAUUGCCAACAUUUGGUUCCCAAGGAAAAAGAUUCAGAGUUGUCACGAACGACACCGUCGUACUCCCGUGCGAUGUCAUCAAUCCGGGUGUUUACAUUUUGGCAUGGAAAAAAGGAAUCGCAGUGCUAACAGCAGGAAGUACUAAAGUGUCUCCCGACGAAAGAAUACGUCUGGUGGACGGCAACAACCUAGAAAUCCGUGAUAUUCAAACAAACGAUGCCGGGAACUAUGUGUGCCAGAUAGCUACUCUGAAGCCCAGGGAGAUAUCGCACACCGUCGAGAUACUAGUCCCAUCGAGAAUCAAAUCAGUCACAUCAGGAGGCAAUAUCGACACCAAAAAGGACUCUACGAUUAAAUUGAAUUGCGAAGCCGAUGGAAAUCCUGUUCCCAAUAUAACAUGGACAAGAAAAAAUAACGUUCUACCGAACGGCGAAAGAAAUGCAACUGGUGAUACAUACAUUAUUCAAUCGGCCACCCGUCAUGAUGCUGGUUUGUACAUAUGCAGCGCUUAUAAUACCGUUGGACAAGUCGCUGAACAAACCAUUACCGUUAAUAUUUUAUAUCCUCCGGAGAUUGAAGUCGAACGUGUUUGGGUUCAUUCUGGUGAAGGAAACGAAGCACUACUUGUUUGCAUAGUCAACGCUGAACCCCAUGCAGAGGUAUCUUGGUACCGGGAUACAUUAAAAUUGGACACAAACGAACGUCGUAUUACGGAAGUAAGGGGAAGCAGACAUACCCUUAUAGUUAGAAAAGUGCAAGCAAGCGAUUUUGGAAAUUAUAGCUGCGUGGCUGAUAACGUCGUUGGAAAGAGUAGAGCUUAUGUCGAACUUUCGGGAAAACCGAAUCCCGUGAAAAUAAACAGCAACAAAAAUGGUCGGCACCAAAACAAUUACAACAUAUCUUGGUCGGUGGACAGCUACACUCCGAUUGAAGAAUUUAAAUUGUUCUACAGAAAGGUUCCAUUGCCCGACGAAUCUCCCGCCGAUACGCGAACUCAAUACCAAUGGCCGAAGAAGCCUCCUACUCGAAAUGACAACGAGGGAUACGGUGCCGUCCCAAUUUACGGCUACAACAGCAUGAGGAACGAAUGGAAUGAUGUGAUCCUUCCCGCUGUUCCCAGCGAACAAUUCACCCACCGCAUGUCAUACAAUAUCCGUGGCUUGGACACCGCUUCUGAAUACGAGGCUAAAGUAAUGGCCAAAAACCGAUUCGGCUGGACCCCAAUGUCCGAAGUAUUCAAAUUCACAACUUCUGCCACCCCGGAAAUCGAUUCAAAUCCAAAAUAUCAAGCAACUUAUGGUAGCUCGAUGAAAUCAAACGCUGAAGCCCGUGAUCUUGGCUCCACUUCAUCAUACAACGGAUUCACCAAACGCAGCUACAAUAUCAUCAUUUUCGUCAUCUUCAACUCCCUGUACUUCUUCUUCCAUCCCGUUUUUUAAAUCCCUAAAUACCAAAACAUAAAUCCCUUAUAUAACAGCAGCAGUGGCGUAAAUCACGGGGGGAGGGGGACAGACGAACAUUUUGAGUGAUUCCUUAUGUUUUAUUUUAAUUUACUUUACAGCUUUUUGUCUACAUAAAAAUAAUUAAUAAUUCGUGUAUUUUUUCUUGGAAUAAUGAAAUCAAUUUGGGGGGAGGUACGCCACUGCUCUUAUACUGCACAUGAAUAUUAAACAAUAUACGUCUCACCAAAUUUAAAAAAAUAACACUCAACUCAUAUGAGACAAUUUAAAUACUCUUAUAAAAACAUAAUCUUAUUCUGGAACAAUAAAUCUAAAAUGUAAAAUUACUUUAAAGAAAAAAAACAUUUCAAUUAAAAAUUUUUUCAGCGAUAUGGUUAAAAUAUGAGCUAUUUUUGUUUAAUAUUCUGUUCAGUAUGAAAAUCGGCAUUACUACAUUAUUCAAACAACUAUCCUCAAUUUAAAAUAAUAAUAGUGUUUACAGAUCAUUAAUUCUAGUCUCAUUAGAACCGUUCCCAAGUAGAAUUUAUAAAAUUACACACUUUUCAAAACAUUCCGAUGGAUUUGAUGAAGUUAUGAAAUAUAAUUUAAAGCCACCUUUAACAGCAACAAUUUCUCUGAGCUUUAAUACCAAAAAUACGUCGAUAUUCGUGUACGAAGCUGACGAAAGAUGAAUAAAAAAAAAAAAAAUUAUAAUAGAUCCCAAUCGCGAUUUUCGAUUGUUUAUUUAGACGAUACUGGAUUGAUUGUUGUUAAAAUGAGA